AUGUCGCAGCAGCUCGACAAAGAAAAAACAAGUUCAAACAGAGGUGAGCUUGCUCGCUUCCGACGGGUCAUGAGUGAGGAGGGCAUUGUCGACAUGCGUUUCGUAUUUUGUGCGGUGAGCUUGCUCGCCUUGAAAGAGUCAACGCCCGUGUACCAGCGCAUGACUGAGGUCGCAAAAGAGUCCUGUUCAAAGAAAGGUGAGCUAGGUCGCUUCAGAAGGGGACUGGAUGGAACAGUGGACAGUGGGUCGCACACCUUCGAAGCUGAUCCGGCUCAAAAAGCCAUGGCCAUGCGUCCCAAAGUGAACGCAAGAAACCUGGCUUACGUGGUUCUGUUCUGGCUGAGUACUGUCGCAAGCCUGGUGCUGGCCAGCGAUGAACCGCAGCUCACUGUUAUCAUCAGCUUCCAUGUCACCAUGUGCAUCUUGAAUCUCCUGGUGCGCAGAGCCUCGCAGCGAACCAUCCCCCGCCUAGGCUGGGACGACAUGGCCGCAGAAGGCACAGACGCUGUCGCCCUGCAGUGUGCGGAGCGGUUUCUCCACAUAGCUGGCGCCGCCGAGCCCCUGCGGCGGCGGUCCGACGACGACCGACUACAGCAACUUGAGACGCAGGGACUUUUUCUGCAGACCGCCGAGUCACAUGGAGCGAACAACUGCUUGAUCGAUUCCUUGUUGUUAGGUUUAACAGCCGCCAACCUAACACCGAAUGCCACAAAGUAUUCCAUGGCGGAACGCAAGCGCAUGUGUGCGAGGUGCCGCAAGCACCUGCGUCGCCAGUAUGGCACCCCGGUCGGCACUUAUCUCGAUGGGCACGCAGAUGCCCCCCACAUUUUAGAUUUUUUUCUCCGCCAGGAGUGGCGGCAGGAUGUGUCAGUGCGAGUCCAUUUCUACGACUGCCUCGAUGCUGGGCAAGUGCUGGAGAACCAAGAAGAGCUAGCUUUCGUAGAUUACACAGUAGGCCCGUCGGUGUCCAGUGAUCCAUUGCCAGUGCCAAAAAGACGACGCGGCCCCGGCCAGACUACGGAGGAAGCCGCCCAUCAUGCCACAGCUUUUCAGCAUUGUCCGGGGGACAUUCCUAGUGCUUACGUUGCAGCUUUGCAACACGUGGAAGAACAAGCUGUUCCGGCCGUCGGUUGGAGCGUAGAUCGCCGCACGCUGCGACGCCUGCGUCAAGCUAGACAAGAAGACCACUGCGUAGCUUUGAUUUGCAGUUGCUGUGCUGCAGUGUUGCCAAGUGGACCACGUAGUGACAUCGGCUAUCUAUCCAUCGACGACAUUUUCUCUGGACUCACCACCAAGAGUUUUCAAGAAAAUUGGGAUUUGAAGCAAUACAAAACAACAUAUGGCUUGCACGCCUCCAUCCGUGAGCGGUUAAGUGGCCCGGAGUGGCAACGGCGCUUGCCCGAACAUCUGUUCCAAGGAGCAAGCAUUUUGUGUUGCCCGGAAGAUCAUCGGUGUUCCAGUUGUCUCCGUGACCCAAGGCAGACUGCAGGUGAGCCAGAGCGUAGCGCAGGCGAGUGCCCGGGUGUAACCCAGGAGCCCGACCCCUACCAGUUUUGCAGCGCUUGCGAACUCCCCUUGUGCCGGAGUUGCUGGUCCCGAAUGCGGCAAAAGAUGUAUGCCGGCGUGCCGCAAGCUCUAACCAACGACAACUGGUAUGGGUAUCCAGUGGACUUACUUUACACCCACAAAGUCCGCUGGGUGGAAGCGGCCGCAGCGUGUCCCGUUUGGACUUCCAUGAUCAGUUUUUACUUGGAAGCCGAUCGCGGCCAUGUGAUGGAGGAAACACUCCAUCGAGCCGACCAACGCCUGGCCAUCCGAGGCAACGUCAGUGCAGUGAGCCUUCCAUGGGAACAAAUCUACGGCAAGUUCGCAGACAUGACGCCCGAGCAUCGGCUCGCGAUUUUGCCACACGCAUUGCCCGCUCUGAAAUCCAUGAUCCACCUGACAGUAAGAGGAAUGUUGCACGGCGAAAUUUCGGACUGGGUCGCCGGAGCCAGAGUCAGACCUUGGGUAGUCGUCGCUUUGUUAGAUCAUCUAGUGGACCUCGCCCAUCCCAUGUUCGAGGGGUACGACGGCACACCGGCCGAACUCAAGGCAUUGUUUCGCGCCAAAGUCAACCAGCAAUACGGAGAAGAUGAGUUUCCGGCCGUAACCCUAGCGGAAGUUGAUAAAGCACCUACCCACCAUAACCCAUCGCCACCGCAGACUAAACACGCCACCCCAGAACCUGCCGGAGUCGCUGAUUUCAACGGUGAAGCCUUUCAAGGCAAUGUCCGACCGCAAGUGUUGUCGCCCGACUGGAGUACUGAUCAAAGUGCAGACCUUACCGCUCAGGAAGUCACUCGGUUGGCCGUUGGCACGCCGCAGGUCACGGUCCAAACCGGGCACGAAUUCUGGGAUCAAUGGCAGCCGAAAUACUUGAGUUGGGCAUUUCCUUUUAGUUUGCCGGCUCCAGUUGGGGGGCCAGAUUACCCGAACAAAGACCGGUGGAGGCGUAGCACCGACGCCGCAAUGCUCGGCCCACUCGCCCACUUACGCUCACUCACCCGGAGAGUGGAAAGUUCCAUUCACAAUUCUUGGGAUUUGGUGUCGGGACUUCGACGCUUAACAUUCAAGUGGCAUUCGGUGUGGAACACACCCCUGUGGCGAAAACACAAACCCAAAGCGGAAUUGUUGGAGACCACUCCGGUGCACGAAUGGGUGCAAGCAGCAAAAGCACUGUACCACAAACUGCAGAAGGGAACCUAUCUUACAGCAGGUAAUCACAUCAAGCCCAUCAACUACGAUGCUCGUAAGCUUUGGUUUGCCUCCAACCUGACCCAACCCGAAAUUCAGCUUCUACGUGACAUUCGGCAGACGCAACAGCUGUUGCCGGGCACCGUCGAAGUUCGUCGCCGCAUCGGCCGGUUUUUGUUUGGGGCCAGGGUUCAACUCGGAGAACCGAUUUUCAUUACCGUGUCACCCACGACACGCCGCAAUGCAGUCUGUUUAAAAAUGUCUCGGUAUCGAGCCAAUGACCCCGGCGCCGGACACUAUUGCGCCAAAGAUGACCCUAAGGUGUGGGAGGACACCGCCGUCACGAUCCCGGUGCCGGACUACGAGACACGACGCUGCAGCGCCGUUCGAGAUCCAUGGUGCGUAGACAUUGCCUUUCAGAGCAUGAUUCGGUUUGUGUUCGCAGAGCUCUUAGGGGUCCGCAUGUGUUUCAAGUGCCCGCAAUGCACUUGCCGUGACAUGUUAGAACACCCGUCUCAUCCUAUGGGGGGGGUUCUUGGUCUGGUGCUUGGAUUUUGUGGCGCCAUCGAGUAUCAACAAAAUAGUACACCCCACUUUCACGCCAACGUCUACGUGGCGAGCGUCUGGCAACACCCCUUGAAAGUUCUUGCUGCCAAGUUGCAAGCAAAGGCCGUGUCGCUCGGAGAAAUAUUUGAGUACCAGCAGUGGCUGCAUAAUGAAAGCCACUUGAACUUGGAGCAGCACGUCGCGCUAGAGCCGGACCUUGACGCAGAGUGGAAGCAGAAUUUCGUUGGCAAGCAGCAUGACAAGCUUUGCCUUUGGCCUGCUUUUGUUGCCGCGGACACCGAGCCAUCACCUUGGACAGCCCCGUCGUCCCACUCCGAAACCCUGUUGAGAGAUGCAACGACAUAUCGAACCAAGUAUGCGUCCGCAGUGCAAGAACGGGUCAACUUCCGUGUGCCGUUACUGCCAGAGACGCACGACCCGGCGUGCGCUCGGGGCUGCCUCCGACACGGGACUUUGCGGCGACUGCAACGCCUGAUGCAGCACGCCGCCAGGAAAUCCACCCAGUAUUUCACGGGAUACCUGCAGAAGCCGCAACCCAUCGGCAAAAAAGAGCUACAGCAAGCCGCCAAGCACCUCUCGUUCUUAGACGUCACCCCGACCAAAGGGGCGGAGGCGCAACAGUACCGCAGAGUACUCCAAAGGAUCUGUGGCGACUUGGAGUUCAGGUGCUCCGUGCGGCCUCUGACAGAAGAGACAAUGUUGGCAGGAUUCUGGGAUGGGGAAGAAGUUACGUCCGCGGAGUGCAUUCGGUCCUUUGCCGUCGUCCCGUUCGUGGGCUCGGCCUGGCUAGCCCAGGUCGAUCGCCGCACCGAGGUGCGGGCCCAAGUCAAGCAGCUCCAACACCGGCACGCCGUGCUGAGCACAGCCGAGGUGUACGGCUGGCGCGGCAAAGACCACCGGUUGUACUACUUAAGCCCAGAGACGCAGCGCGACUUGGUGCGCUUGCCGGUUCGGGUGGCCACGACAGCCGCCGCGGAUCAUUACUUGGUCCGCCGGCCAGCACCCUUGGUUCCAUAUCCGACCGCAGCACCUCUCCCCAAAGCGGACAUGGCCAAGGCAGACCAAUGCCGCAUUUUGAACGUGUACCUGCGUCCCUGGACAGCAGCCCCGGAAGAUGCAACUUGGCAUGUGCCGCAUUUUGCGGCCUUGGACACACCCAUAUCGGACAUGCAACAACAACCCGGUCGUCGGUGUCGGAACAAGACCCACCUCGGCCAACGGUGUCAUGCUGCAGCUUGGGGCGAUUAUAUUCGGAAUCACAUCGUGUCCACACACGCAAAACGCCUGAUCAACAACUUUUUGGCAGCGGCCGAUUGCACUCCCGAAGAGCCCGAAGACAACCUGGAGUGCACGGCCGCCCUUCCGGGGCACGACGUGGACAUCAGUUGGGUGGAUCUGACCACCGUGCAACGCCUGACAGCAGGCCUCGAUCCCAGCCAGUGUUUGCAAGCCAUUCUGGAACGCUGCAUUGUGGAGCACCAAGAAGAGCGGCAGAACGCACCACAGCGUUCCGAGCCGUUUCGUGCAAUCUUGCAUGGCGUGCCCGGAGCCGGCAAAUCACAGACCUUGAAAAGGCUUCGUGUCUUUUUCGAAAGCAUUUGCCAUUGGUCCCAUCCGCAAGACUUUGCUUUCGUCGCUCCGCAAAAUACUCAGGCCGCUUUGAUUGAGGGCAUCACCCUCCACUCGUUCGCUGACAUGCGGGUCAAGGGCGCCAAACAGAAGCCCGACCCCCACGCGAGCAUGCAGCGAUUUGUCAAGUUCCAGCGACUUCGGUGGCUGAUCAUUGACGAGUGCAGCACGGCGGCGUUGGAAGUUUUGGCGGCCCUGGAAAAGCACUUGCAGGACGGAGUGCGGCCCAAGAAUUCUUGGAAAUGUCGCAAGUCCGGAGUGGCGCGGCCCUUUGCUGGCCUCAACGUUUUGCUUGCUGGAGACUGUUGGCAGUUCCCCGCCGUAAAAGCCACCAGCCUUUUCCAAAAUCCUUUCAAAAGCGGCCAAAGCCUGGCCGUGGCCGCCCUGCAAAAGAUUUUGUGGACGCACAACCAAAACAACGUGCAGCACCUCUUCGAAUUAACCCAAGAACACCGCUGCACGGAUCCAUGGUUGAGCGUUAUCUUGAAAGCGGCGCGGCGCGGAGCCGUAGACCAGGAACUGUGGUCCUUCUUGCACGGCUAUCCCACGGUCCACCCCGGAUCGUGGCACCCCGCCACCGACACCUGCGGCUGCAAAAAUCCGACCUGUGAGGGUUUACCUAAGAUUUGGACACAGGAGGUUUUGCACGGAAACGACGCCCGUACUUGGGCAGCUCGCCUCGGCGACGAGUGCAAUGUCUGCUCAGCCGAGCGGCGGCGGCGUUGCAUCGUCGCCGAGGCAAGCGACUUCGGACCGAACCCAAAAGACCCCAAAUUUUUGCAUGCCCCGUUUAUCCAUAGUUUCAACGCGGCCAAAUACGUUGCAGCCUUGCUUCGGGCUCGGUGGGUGGCAGCCGAACAGAACCAGCUUCUGCUCUGGGCGGUGGCACAGGACACCCCCUGUUCCACACCGCUCCAGAAACCGACGCGCGCGAACUUCGGCGUCGAAAAGAAAACUGGCUGCAGAGGCACGAUCAAUCGUCAAUUGACAGGAGGCAUAAUGGGACUCUUGCCCUUGUUGCCGAACAUGCCGGUGCGGAUCACCCAAACGUUGCCGGAACUCAAGCCUUUUGGUCUUUUCAAAAAUACACGCGGGCAGCUUUACAACUGGACAUUGCACCCCGAGGACGCGGCAGCAAUCCAGACUUGCACCGACUCCGACUGGGUUCUGCGCCACCUGCCCACGUGCAUUUUCGUGGCCAUCCCAGGCGCCACAUGGCAGCACCGCCCAGGCCUGCCAGCGGGCGUAGCCUGCAUCCGACCGGGAGUCCAGCACUGGCAGCUCGAAGCACACGGACAAGCCACGGUUGCACGCAAGGGAUUCCCCAUUGCGUGCAACCAAGGGUUGCUGCCGAUCCGGGAGUUCGCCCGCAACAACACUUGGGAUCCAGAGGGUUGGUACGCCAUAGUGCAACUCGGCAUGGAACGUUUGUGCAAUCAAUGCCGUGAGAGUCUAAAACCGCACCCCCAGACCGCGCAAGAAGGGGAUCAACCAGUUGGAGCCGAGGAACCGGGUGUUCCGUGUGCCUUUUGCACCGUGACCAAACUGCCUAAACUCGGUUUUUGUCAAAAGCGCUUGGCCACAGAGCGCUUGGCUUGCGCCAAAUGCGAUGUCGGAAUGAAGUUGAAACUCAAAACCCUAGCUGCCUUCAGCCCCGAAGAGAUCCAACGAAGAAAGCGCACCAAAGAGCUUCGGAGAGCGCGCUGCGUAGAAUGCGCAUUGCUCCGACCCAAUGUGGCGAAAGGCAAUGUGGGGCACUGCGACCUGUGUCAAAAAUCGAUCAGUGUGUCGCAUUUCCACAAAUACGAGGCCGCCUCAAAAACCGGUAUUUGCCGCAGGUGCGCACAGAAAGCCGCAGAACUCAAGGAAGCCGCAGCAAAAGUGUGUCCACAGUGCAGCCAGCCUUUGCACGCCGCGGCCACGCCGGGGACGUGGUGUCAGAAAUGUGCGUAUCCACCGUGUGUCGGUUGCAAGCAAGUGGAGCGUUCCAAAAAAGGUGCCAACCACGCCAAGCAUCGCCCCUUUUGGCGUUGCGAAAAGUGUGCCGCGCAAGUGUGUACCAAGUGCGCAAAGCAAUCCGUGGGUAGGCCGGGCCAGACGCAGUGUGUCCGCAGUGCCAGCCGAACAAGUUUUGCCCCCAGUGCACGGCGCCCAUGCCUGCAGCGGCGCACCUCGGUUCGUGGUGCCACGCUUGUACCUACCCUCCAUGCGCCGGCGGCUGCGGCGCACCGCGCCCACCUAAAA